AUUGAAAGCCUGAAUUUUUCGUGAUUAACCAAUCAGCGCUAAAUUUUGGGUCAUAUAUGUAAUGAUCCAUUCAUUUAUUGCUGAAUUUAUAUAAAUUUGGAAAAUGAAGUUUUCAGGAAUAGAACUUAUUGUAAACUUUAGAUAUGUUGUUUGUAUACUUUUAGGUUAUGAACAUGCAUAUGGCCUCUAGGGAAAUGUGUAAUGAAAAGAACGUUGGAAGCGAUAGAAGUUUUCGUGGUUGUCAGGAAGAAUAAUAACUAAAAAGUCAUCGAACCAUUCGCACAGUGAAAACACCAUACACUACAUAACAUAAUUGUUUGGAAAUUUGACAUAUUUUGAUUGUCAUACAGUUUCCCCAAGGCCCAUAGACACUUUGAGAAAUUAAUAAUUCUGCUUGAAGUACAUGCACAAAACCCGACCAUACUGAAUAUACCAAAUGGGAUCAACAGUGAAGCACACUUGACGCUUGAUUCAUUACAUUUCAAGUGUAACAAUCAAAUUUUAGAACCACUUCAAAAGGUAUUCCAGAGUGUAAUGUAAGUAUGGAGUAUACAAAAGAAGUAACGACAAAUGAUAUCCAAGACAUGCAAGGUAAUGUGAUGUCACCAUCAAUGACAGCAGCUAAUAGUGUGUCCAAUGGUGGUACCAAAGCCCAGUAUAAUUGGGUGGACAUAACAAAAGAGUUUCACACAUCAGUUCAGGACUCUAACAAUUUGCUGACUUGGAACUAGGAGAACUGCUUCAUGACACACUGUUUGGUCUUUUUGAAGCUAUGUCUGCUAUUGAGAUGAUGGAUCCAAAGAUGGAUGCAGGCAUGCUAUGCAACAGGGGUAACAAGAAAGCCAACUCUUUUGAUCAAUCAAUUGAAGAUGGAAGUUUAUUGUUAUGGGGCAUAAGUAAUUCAGACUUAAUUGGAAUAAUUGAUACAACUUUGGCAUGCAUGGUAUCAUGGCUGGAAGGACAUUCAUUGGCUCAAACAGUUUUUACUAAUUUGUACCUGCACAAACCAUACCUCAUUGAGGACCGUACUCUUAAGGCAUUUUGUAUUGCCAUAUAUAAGCUACUGGAUAUUAUAAAGGAUUAUAUUCAGAAAGCUAUGGUUUAUGAAGAAGAAGAUUUUCAAGGCAUGCAGUACGGAUAUUAUUUGUAUCCCGAUGUCAGUGAACAGCGUGUGGUUGGUAUGCUGCAUGAAGUCGAAGAAGAACUCGACAAGGAAGCCCGUGCGUUAUACUCGAACGGUGCGCAAUCCAUGGAGGUACAGGCAGAAGAAAUAGUGGCGAUAUAUUCACGUAUAAAAUUCGUACGUGUGCUAUAUCAAACACUACUAUUGUUUGUUCAUAAACGCGACGAACAUUUGUCAGUAACACCCGAAGUACAGCGUUAA